UUGUCAUCGACCGCCUCACGUUAACUGGCACUUUCAGUCCAGCAGAUUUUCUGUGAACAAAGUAAAAGAAAGGCUACUGUUUGAAUCUCACACGAAAUCGAAUUAUUCGUGUUUUCAACGCACCGCACUUUCCCCUUCUCCAGCGUUUAUUUAACCUCAUUAUAACCUUUUGUAUGGAAUAUCUGAAUUAUUAUCGCUAAGUUGGAUUCAACUUUUUGGGAAGAAUUAUUAUCGCUUCCAAGUUCCAACGCACGCUCAUUACUUGAUACAGAAUCUUCCAUGGCCGCCAUUAGUAACCAUAUCUUGCCGUGCGCACUUACUCACCGUAGCCGCCCCCUUCCGACACCUUACACCGCCGUUAAAUGUUCCGUUUCUAGCCGCCGGUUAUAUAGACGCUCGGAAUCCCGCUCGCAGGCUGCCGUGAGUGCCGUCCCUUCCUCCGCCGCCACCAAUUCUCGGCCGCCAGGAGACGUACAGUACACUGUUGGAGAUUUUAUGACCGGAAAAAAGGAUUUACAUGUUGUGAAACCGACUACAACUGUUGAUGAAGCGCUUGAGGCUCUGGUGGAGAAGAGAGUUACCGGAUUUCCGGUGAUAGAUGACGAUUGGAAUUUGGUAGGUGUUGUAUCAGAUUAUGACUUAUUGGCACUCGAUUCUAUCUCAGGUGGUAGCCAAUGUGAUACAAACUUGUUUCCUGAUGUUAAUAGUUCUUGGAAGACUUUCAAUGAGAUCCAGAAACUGUUAAGUAAAACUAAUGGGAAAGUGGUUGGUGAUCUUAUGACACCAAAUCCUCUUGCUGUUCGUCAAAACACUAACCUUGAGGAUGCUGCAAGGUUGCUGCUUAAAACAAAGUACCGCCGACUUCCAGUUGUAGACAGUGAUGGCAAACUGGUUGGAAUUAUUACAAGGGGCAAUGUAGUUAAUGCUGCUCUUCAAAUAAAACACAGCUCCGAGAAGAUGUGAUGACUGCAUAAUAUACUCUUUCAGUCGUCAUCACGAGAUUCGCCAUUGGACAGAUGCAUAAUAUACUCUUUCAGUCGUCAUCACAGCGGUUAGACAGAUUGUAGUUUUAUUUAGUUUGAAGAGUGGAGUUCCAUCAUACCAACAUUUACGGGUGAGUUCCAAAUCCGCAGAAUGGGAGGAUGCUAUAUAAACUAGAUUGAGGAGAAGUGGAAAAGUAAAUACCAAAUUACCAAAUACUUGAAAUCUUUCUGUGGGCAAUUUUUUAAUGGUAAUGUUGUGUAGACCAGUUGCUUCUCUUCUAUGAUCUCAUAUAGCAUCUCUUUGUUGUAGGGUUUAAGGAA